AUGUGCAAGAGGUCGUCAAACGAAAUCAUCACCCACAACGAUUUCAAUGCUGGAUUUUUUAAAGCAUCACUGAAGGCCAAUGGAAACGUGGGGAACUACGUAGCUUCGCCACUGAGUGUGUUGGUACUGCUGUCUGCUCUCCUCACCUCGAAAGGCCCUGAGGGUAAAACUGCCAAAGAGAUCUGCCAGGCAAUCGUUGGGAAGAGGGAGAAGGAAACGUGCAGUGAUUUGAAGUAUCCGAACAUUGAGCAAAAGCUUGACAGAAUUCGCACAGGCGCCGCAAAUUCGAAGACAGAAGACGGCAAAAAGAUACUGUCGCUUUCGAAUGCUGUUUUCUUACGGAAAGGGCUCCACAUUUAUCCAGGUUUCUUGGAGAGGUUUGCCGGAUUUGGAGAAGAUCGCGUAAAACAGGUAUUAUUUAACACCUCUGAAGCGUUUGAAAAAAUUAAUGAAUGGUCAUGUUCUUCCACGGACGGCCUUAUUGAGCACUUUUUAAAGUCGAAGGACGAAUUAAGCUCCGACACUCUUAUGGUCCUGUUGAGCGCAAUAGCUUUUAAAGAUAAUUGGGCCAAAACCUUUAUGGUGGAGAAUACGGUAAAACGUGAUUUCUACCUGAAAAAGGGUGUAUCCGUGAAGGUCCCUAUGAUGCAUUUGGGAACUCAAAUGGUUUAUCUAAAACAAGACAGAUUCAAAGUCGUUGCAAAACCAUUUAGAAAUUAUCGCUAUAAGUUUGUCAUCUUCCUGCCAAAUGAACGGUUUAACCUCAACGAAAUUGAAAAUGACUUGGAAGAUGGAGAUUUUAACUGGAGACUGAUUCAAAGUGAUCGUAACUAUACGCAUAUUGAGCUUGGGCUACCAAAAUUCAAGGUUGAGCACGAAAUCAAUCUGAAAUCUGUUCUUCGUCUACUUGGUGUACGACGUUUUUUUGCUCAAGAAUCUGCUGAACUGACAGGCAUAAGUUCCCACCCGAGACUCUAUGCUGGAGAAGCCAAGCAGGUGGCAGUGAUGGAAGUGGACGAGGCCGGCGUUAAAGCAGCUGCUGUCAGCAGCAUUGAGAUACUACCAAUGUCCUUGCCCCCACCAUCUGUCCCCUUCAUUGUCGACCAACCCUUCUACUGUGCCAUUUACGACUCCUUCCUGCAGAUGCCCCUUUUCAUUGCUCGUAUUGCUGAUCCUCGCUAA